GGAAAGCGAAAGUAGAAUGGUUCGGGGAAACCAGUUGCAAUCAGUUGUGUAACAGAUACAAAGCUGGGUCGUCUCGACGCAGAGGUCUGUCACCAAAGAAGCGCCUGUGCCAUCGCAUUACUUGUACAAGCAAUGACGUCACACCCACCUGGUCCGGAUCCUCUUCUGAGUGGAAUGAAGCGUGGACAGACUAUUCCACAGUUCAUGACAGAAUGGGGUUCAAUUGACACCAAGAAGUGUGACGAGAUGAUUGAGCGAGUGAUUCGGUUUCUGAAGCAGAACGUACCUAUCAGAGUGGCAAAGGUCGUCAAGGGAGGACCCAUGUGCAAGGAUACAUUUGCAUCCACUCCGGGACAUGUGGAUCUGUUCUUGUUCAUCAAUGAUCUGAGUUCCAUGCAGGACAUGAAAUCAAAAACUAGACGCAUCGUUAAAAGUAUAAGAGCAAAGCUGGAUUCUUCUGAAUUUGUUCCGCGAUAUGGGGUCAUUCAGUUCAUUGAAUAUACACCUCAGUCGAUGAAGUUGCACCUGAGGUGUCAUGAUCUGGACCAACAACACACCAUUGAGGUAUUCCCUGCAUACGACAUCUUGAAAUACAAGAACGUGCACGACGUGUACAUUGACAUGAGCGGCCUCCCCGAUGCCGACAAAGACUUCUAUGCGGUGUGUCUGGCAGAGAUACAGAUAGACUACAUCAGACAGGCGCCGAGCAAAGUACACACUCUCAUUAGAAUCCUCAAGUAUUGGCUGAAGGAGGAAGUAAAAACGGAAGACUGGUACUAUUUCCUAGAGGUCAUGGCGAUGCACAGAUGGCAGCGAGCAGGAAAGCCACAUGACUUCGACAUAUCAGACUGGUUUGAAGAAAUUAUGACCCAGCUGGCCGACCUUACAUCUCUAAGCAUUAUAUGGGAAGACAAAUAUACCGCAAGCAACUAUAGGACCGUGCCAUCUAAACCAGUUGUUUUGGACCCUGCAAACCCUCACAAGAAUGUCGUCCCCGAUCAACGUUGCUGUGAGAAGAUAAUGAAAUGUGCCAGAGCAGUGGUGACUCGGAGCCAAGCCCUUAAGGACUACAUAGGUGGUGGCCCUGCCCCAAUCAUUGAAGGAAUGGCGAGGGGCGAGACACUGCAACACUUUAUCCAGCACACUAUACAACCCAGCAGUGACGACCGCCGGGAGUGCGACCAUCUUGUGGAACGUGUCACCAACUUCCUGCAGCAUAAAACAAACUUCGGGGUCUCAAUGGUGGUUAAGGGUGGGUCACUCGGAAAGAGCACAAAUGUUCUAGGGAAGUCUGACGUCGAUAUGGUCGUUUUCAUCAACGAUGUCAGUUCAGUUCAACAUCUCCAAGACAGCAUGAAGUACAUACUUGACACUCUGAAGGAGACGCUUGAUACUCAGUGGAGCCAAUUUGCUGGCUCUCUGAAGUACAUCCGGGAUACAUCUCAUGGUAUUCAGUACCAACUGGGCUGUGGUAAAUCCAGCCAUGUCCACGAUGUUGACAUUCUACCAGCCUUCAACAUCCUUGAAGCUAAGCAGCCUCGUAAUGCCUUUGAGGAGAUGAAAUCUAAGACUCCGAAGGAAAGGGCCUACUAUUCAGUAUGCUUUGCUCAGAAACAGGUGGCAUUUGUGAAGGAGGUUCCUAUCAAAGUGAAGAAUUUCAUAAGACUGCUGAAAUAUUGGGCAAAGGUUGAGAUCAACAGAGAACAGAAAGCCGUCACGUCUUACUUUCUGGAACUAGUCGCCAUCUCCUUUUGGAAAAAUCGGAGAUCCCCGGAUGAUUUUAACACCAACGAUUGGUUCAAAGAGAUAAUGACCCAGCUGGCCGACCUGACGUCACUGCGGAUACUAUGGCCAGACAAAUACACAGUGUCUUUGUACUAUAACGUUCACGAGGUCUUUCCAAAGAAUCCGGUCGUACUGGAUCCAGCAAACCCUUACAUCAAUGUAGCACCUCUGGAGAAGCACCACUCCCUGGUGAUGACGUGUGCCCAGAACGUGUUGUACAGGAUGCAGGCGUGGAAGAACUACAGAACAGGACGCUACGCUGACAGUUAAAGGACAUAUGGACCACUGCAUAUGGACUAGUGCAGUGUAUGGAUACAUUGAAUAUAAUGUGAGGAAAGCCAUCUGGCAGUUUCAGUGUUGACUGCUUAGCAUAUCAAUUUCUAAUAAAACCCUGUAGAUUUAGAUCAAAAUUCAUCAAAGGUAGGGCUGGGACGAUGCACUAUGUCACGAUGCGAUACAUAUCGCGAUAUUUUACCUGCGAUACGAUACGUAUCACGGUACAUACACCUUGAAAGAAUGA